AGAAGUGAGCCUCUGAUCGUCGACGGGACAUCAUGGAUUUAACUCGGUGCUUGUGGCUCGUGUCAAUGUUCUGCUGCUGGGUCUCUGUCACCUCAGUUAAUGCCAAAGGACGGGGGUUCAUCGGGGUUAAGGACCCUGAAAACUCUGGACAAGUUGUUGUGGACCGCGCCACUGCAGACACGUUGAAGAGUAACCUCACCACAGUCUUUCUCCCAAUCAUCUACAUUAUCGUAUUUUUGGUGGGACUUCCUGCCAACGGCAUGGCACUCUGGGUCUUCCUCUUCAGGACCAAAAAGAAGCACCCGUCAUCAAUUUACAUGGCCAACCUGGCACUGGCUGACCUGCUCUUUGUCAUUUGGACGCCCCUAAAAAUCGCCUACCACCUAAACGGCAACAACUGGAUCUAUGGAGAGCCGCUGUGCAAAGUCCUUGUGAGCUUCUUCUACGGGAACAUGUACUGCUCCAUAUUGUUCAUCACUUGUCUCAGUGUGCAGAGGUGCUGGGUGGUGGCUCACCCUCUGUCCCAGCAGAGCAAGAACACCAACGUGGCUGUUGGCGUGUGUGUCUCCAUCUGGGCUUUCAUCUGGCUCACCACCACCCCUCUGUACCUGUAUGACCACACUGUCAAGCUCAAAGACCCGAACAUCACCACCUGCCAUGACGUCAACAUCAUAGAAGACCUCGAAAAUCCAUUCCCCUCUGUCCAACUCCCGUUCUACUACUUCACUUUCAUGGCGGUCUUUGUGUUCCUCAUCCCUUGUGUAGUGAUCGUUGUGGCCUAUAUUCUGUUACUCAGAGCUCUGGGGAACAGCAUGGAGGAAAGUACGGCAUCAAAGAACCGACACAGAGCCGUGGUGUUGAUCGUGACCGUCCUGGUGACAUUCAUGGUGUGUUUCAUCCCCAGUAACAUCAUGCUGGUGGUGCAUUACGCUCUACUGAAGAAUGGAGUGAUAAAUAACGGUUAUGGCUUCUACAUCUCCACAUUAUGCCUGGCCAGUCUCAACAGCUGUCUGGACCCGUUCAUCUACUACUUUGUGUCCGAAGACUUCAGGAACCACGUGAAGAACACUUUGCUGUGCCGCAGCAGCAGGAGUGUGGAGAGGAUGAGAGUUUCAUUCAGCUCCAUGAAAUACUCCAGGAAGAGCAAGUCAUAUGUGUCAGACACAGGGAACACACAGAGCAGCUCAUGUUAGCCAGAUAAAGCAGAGAUAGCGUGUCUGUGCUUGCACUGGUGUGUUCAGAUAACAAGGCAUAACACAGGCAGUGUGGCACUGGGACACAUUUUAUAAAGAUAAGACUGUCAGUUGCAACCAGUUGACCUCGAGUCAUCUCAUAUCCAGAUGUGAACAUGACUGUACUGGGAUGAGAGCGGAAUUCAUUAUAAGAUGUGUUUUACUUCAUUAUGAACUGAUGUUUGGUUUUAAAAUGUGAAACAUUUAUGCAUAUUUUGUUAUAUUUAGUGUAAAUGUAAAUAUCAAUUGGGCCUUUUUAUGGCCUGACUUGGCGACACAGAUAAAUGUGGGUUUUCUAAGAUUUUCACUGCACUGAACGUUUAUAAACAAUGUCUGAUAUAAGAGCCAAACUGAACUGAUUUGUGCAGCGGAUCACUUGUGACUUAUUUUAUGUCAGUCUGACUUUGGUCAAAUCAUUUAGCACAAUUCCUGCAGCAAGUUUUAACGUAACUUUAACUUUUUAAACCACCUGUUGCUGAGGUGUUGAUCUAAUUUAAAGUUUUAAUGCGCCAAAA